GGCAUCAUUAAACCGUUAACCGUCGAACAGUCUACAGCCUAGAGUGGUACGGAACGUGUGGAAUAGUGAUCAAUAGCCACCAUCCCGCUCCAUAAAAACGGGAUCAGUUCUCGACCAGUUCUCGAAUCGCGUGCCACACGACCUGGGAAUACGGAUUUCCAUUCCCGUCCAUCGAAAGAUAAACGCAGCAGCAUGAAGUUGAUGCGCACAGCGACAUCGCUGGCUUUGGUCCUGCUCCUGGCCACCAGCUACGUCCGAGCUGAGGACGAGAAGGCCGCCGCUCCCGCCGAGGAGAAGAAGGCUGAGCCGGAGGCCAAGGCUGCCGAGGCAGCGGCCAGCGAGGAUACCACCAAGUCGAAGAGAGGACUGCACCACUACGAGGACUAUCACCAUCAUCACGUGCCCCACUUCCCGGUGCACGAGGAGAAGACACUGACCGUGAUCAAGAAGGUGCCAGUGCCCGUGCCCAUCGAGAAGAUCGUGCAUGUGCCGGUCGAGAAGCACAUCCAUGUGCCCGUUAAGGUCAAGGUGCCCAAGCCCUAUCCAGUGAUCAAGCACAUUCCCUAUGAGGUGAAGGAGAUCGUGAAGGUUCCAUACGAGGUGCCAGCUCCCUAUCCCGUCGAGAAGCAGGUCCAUGUGCCCGUCCAUGUGCACUACGACCGACCAGUGCCCGUUAAGGUUCAUGUGCCCGCUCCUUACCCAGUCGAAAAGAAGGUCCAUGUGCCCGUGAAGGUUCAUGUUCCGGCUCCUUAUCCAGUCGAAAAGAUUGUCCACUACAAUGUUGAGAAGCACGUGCACGUGGACAAGCCAUAUCCCGUGGAGAAGGUUGUCCACUACCCGGUGAAGGUGCCCGUCGACAAGCCAGUGCCCCACUACAUCGACAAACCAGUGCCCCACUAUGUGGACAAACCAGUGCCAGUGCCCGUGAUCAAGAAGGUGCCAGUGCCCGUCCAUGUGCCCUAUGAUCGUCCCGUGCCCGUCCAUGUCGAGAAGCCAGUGCCCUAUGAGGUCAAGGUCCAUGUGCCCGCCCCCUACCCGGUGAUCAAGGAAGUGCCAGUGAAGGUGGAGAAACACGUUCCGUACCCGGUCAAGAUCCCCGUGGAGAAGCCCGUCCAUGUUCACAUCGAGAAGCACGUGCCGGAGUACCAUGAGAAGCAUGUCACCUACAAGGAGCCGGAGUUCCACCACAAGCACAUCGAGGAGGAUCAUCACCACGCGCCCAUCCAUCACCAUUCGCACCCCAUUGUGGAGCAUGAGCACGAGCAUUGAGAAUGAACUGGGAUGGCAAGCUAAACCACUUCCAUUUCCACUUUUUCCCAAAUCCGAAAAGAAAGAUUCCAAAACCCAUAACACCACACAUCACUCCAUACCAUAUCAUACUCGUACUCGUACCACCAUUUCUCCACACACACACUUUGCUAUGCAGAACGUGAUAAGCGACAGAGAUUCAGUGAAAACCAGACGAGUAACCGACGAACAUAGCUUUUAGACCGAACUCUCUUCUAGCCUUAAGCCAUAAACGAUAAUAGAACACAAAUGGAUACCUUGAAAACGUUGACGAAACCCGUGAGCACUGUGAAUGAGUGGAUUGUAAAGGAACUUUAGUUUAAGACUUCUAAGCGACACAUUUGGGCCGCACAGCCCACACAACAAGAACAUCAACAUCAACAUCAACAUCAACAAGAACAAGAACACCGACCCACUUCCCGACCCUCCAAGACACACCCGAUCGAACACAGACAGUUGCCAGAUCCAGGAGCAAAGGAUCCCAGGAUACAAGGCUACCCUGUACUGCUACGAUUUGUGUUUGUAAACCUUGGAUGGACGGAAGCGACACCAUCUGGGUGCAACAUCGAUGUGGUUGCUGCUGCUGUUUUGUCCUCCAGCCGCGGCUCCUCCCUCUUCUGCUCUGGUCCACCCGACUCGUGCACCCGUUCCGGUUCCCAAGUGAGAUGGCUACAUCCGUGUCCUGCCAAACAGGACGACGAUCAAACCAUCCAGUUGUGUGCAGCGUCCCAGCGUUGUGAGCGUGUGAUAAGACUACUGAUAGCGUUUAAGCUUGUGCGAUAUUCGAGAUAGGAAGACGCCUAUUUAAGUCAGUUUGUAAUCGAACGUAUUGUAUUAGUGUUUGUAAUAUUCAUUGCUAUACCUAGUUUGUAAUACAUCUAUGUUAUGUUGCUUGUUCGCAUAAGCAGACGAAACGGAUUUAUAAAAAGUACUUAAUUUACCAAAUAUUUUCUGACUCUGUAUAAAAACAAACGAAAAAUCUCAUACAAAAUGAAGCUGAUGAAUGAUACACCAUUAAAUAAAUGAAAACUCAA